UAAUAACAGUAAUCAUAAUAACAUUAAUAAUAAUGUCAUGAAUAGUAAUAAUAGCGGUCGCAGUGUUUGUAUAACACAUCCAAGCGGUGAUGUCUUGGGAUUCGUGGCGUUGAGCUCACUAUCGGUGAAGUUGUGUGACUUUCGGCACUUAAUGUCACAACAGAUCUCUUCGUUGCCCAAAGACUACAUCUUUUUGUCCAAAGAAGGAUGGCCCGUCUCAUCCAUACAAGAGGCUAACCUCAACCUCUAUUACGUGAUCAAUACGGACCACUCGAUGGUUAUGAUUCGCAGACAUUUCGAUAAACAGAGGUUUGGAGUCGAGUCGACGUCCGGCCUAUCUUUGGGCUUCAUAUUCGCCGAAAUGGAGAACUCGGGGAAAGAGAUCAGACAAAUGAUUACUCAAGAGUUGAGUCUCAAUGAUAACGACACCUCCUAUCAGCUCAUCGAUAGGAACGGUUGGCCUGUUAGCCUAAAACAGGAGUCUGUAGUGAAGGGCUGGGAUCUUAUGAUUAACGGCAUAUUCAGGGUAUCGGGAGUUAGGCAGGAGUUAGAUAAUGAUAUGCAGGAUAUAUCCCACACUAUGGAUGUCAUCGACAGUCCCGUCCGCAAAAAGAAGAGGCCGUCCGAGACGUCGACCGUAACCCUCGACAUAACUAAGACGAUGAUGCACUCGGAGGACAGUUCGCAUAACAUAAUGCCAUUGAUUCCCGUGGGAAACCAAAUUAUUGACCCAAAAUUGUUGGACCAGAUCAUAACCCCCGCCCCCUCGUCAGCGGCCACUGUAUACCACCCUUUGGUCGUUGAGAUCAAACCAAUUCUUAUAAGUUAUGUGAGAGCGGAGGCCGAACAACACGCCCGACAACUCAAGAGUGAGUUACAAGACUUGGGAUGUAAUGUCUUCUUAGAUGUGGAUGAGAUAGAGGGCGGACACGAUUGGGCCGACGCUCUCAAUAACGCAGUCCUUAAUUGCGAACUAUUCGUGCCAUUGAUUACUCCUAACUAUGGGUACACCCAAUGGACUAAUCGUGAGGUGAAGUUGGCUGACAUUAAGAAAAAGCAGAUCAUUCCCAUCAGCUUUUUGGACAGUUGGCCUCCCGAAUGUCUGGCCAUUCAGUUCGCUUCCACGCAAUACAUCCCAUGGAAGACACCAAUUGAUAUCGAGAAGAGCCAUGCAAAGGGAGAGGGAGAACGGGCCCGGGAUAUCAGGUUCUGGGAUCAGCCAUACGUGAGGACCACUGCCACAGCCAUUGCAGAGCACAUGAGGAACGCCAACAUUGAGAAGGAGAAGCUGACGACUCAAAUCGUACAAAUACCGAACCCUCCCAUCGAUGGACCGGACGCUGCGCCCAAUUUGCAAUUCAUUACGCCUGAGCUCCCGAUGCGACCCAAUUCGCUGCUAUCGAUGGGACACUACAAGCAGAAGCAGAAGCGCCCAAAUAUAGUGAUCUCUUGUCAUCCGUCGCAGAAGGAGUUCUCGUCACUCAUACGCCAAGAACUGAACAAAUAUGGAUUCGACGUCUGGUGUUCUACCGAUAUGUCGAUCGGCACCUACUCUACAGGCAGUGCCGACACCCCUGUGGUCACGCCGUCAAAUGAGUCGGUCGGCCAAUGGGUGAAUAGUCAGCGAAUAGAAACAGAUUCGGAUCAGAUGUCCGACCAGACUGUAUAUAUCGGGAACAGUCAGUUCUCGGAAGAGUCUCAAGAAUCACUAAAUCUGUCCCAAAAUCACGACACACCCCUUCACCACAAGAAGGGACUCUUCCAACGCCAUAAACUCGGCUUUUCGCUCAGUGUCACCGAACCCAUGCAUAACUUUCCGCAAUGUUCUCAGGACUACUUCGGCAGUAGUCAGACGUGUAUCCUAUCGCCCGAAGACUUAGACAAAGCCCACAGCUUCCGAGAUCGUGCCGACGGCGCCUGUAUUGUGAUAAUAGUGUUGUCGAAAGCCUACUGCGACUCCAGAACCUGCAAACAACAGGCGUUUUAUUGUGAUAUCCGGAAGCGUGUCAUUCCCAUCAAAUACGAGGACUUCCGGACACCUCAUUGGCUGUCGAAGCUGUUCGACGACGACGAGAUGCUGGAGCACAACGCCUGUGAUGUCGACUCUUUCCUCUCACAACUGCACCAAAAGGCGGCCAAACUGUCGAAGUCCUCGAAGGACUCAUUCAAGUGCGCGAUGUCUGAGGCGCGCAUCCAUUCGUUGGCCUCUUAUGUGAGCCGACAGUUGCCGCCCAUUCACGAGAAGAAGAAGGUGUUGGUCUACGUGGCCGGCAGUUCCAAGUUCUUCAGUCCACUCUCUGAAGCCAUUUGUCGAGCCAUUGGCCAGUCGUUGGCCAGCAUUCCGUUCGUGGUCUUAAUCACAGGUGGUGUCUAUGGAGUGGCAGAGACUACAGGAAGGAGUUUCUGUGAAGAAAGGGAACUACUGUUGAAGGAGAAGCCGGCAAAUCUCUACCACAUUCUUCCUCGUUAUGUCUCAAAGGACCAAUCGAUGAAAGCGCGUCAAAACCCUGACGGCACGUUCCAGAACCUGCCCUUCGGUCACACCCUCUUCAUCGGCGACUCAUUCAAGGAAAGGGAUUCAGUGGUCGCCCGACUCUUCAACUACUGCAUUAUCAUCGAAGGCGGCCCGAGAACCGCCCGCAUCGCCGAGGAGUUCAUGUGGAACGACAACAUCGUUGUACCCAUCAUAUGUACGGGCGGUGCGGCCGCCGGACAGUUUGAUUUGCCCGCAAAGAUACACGACGUGCCCCUCGGCGUACAUCAGGACGACUGGUCGACGCUCGUGCGCCGGGACGUGACCGCCGAGAAUAUCGCCGAUUCCGUCAAAAACAUUAUCUGUUCGUUAGUUAAGUGCAGAUCCAGGAAGAAG